UUUUACAAUCCGUAGCUGUUCCCAUUUUCAAAGGAAGCCCAGAACAGGAAGGCGGCCAACUACCCAAACCCCCCGCCCCUAUAUAUUAGGAAGAACCCCUCCUUUUGUUUCGUGCUCCCCUCCACAAUUGCUCCUCCUCCUUCAUACGCACCCAAAUCUGACGACACUGCUAUUCCAAGCUUGAAAGAAGAAAAUGGAGACCUUCUUGUUCACUUCUGAGUCUGUCAAUGAGGGGCACCCCGACAAGCUCUGUGACCAGAUCUCGGAUGCAGUGCUUGACGCCUGUCUGGCUCAAGACCCCGAGAGCAAGGUUGCUUGCGAAACCUGCACCAAGACCAACAUGGUCAUGGUCUUCGGUGAGAUCACCACCAAGGCCCAGGUCGACUAUGAGAAAAUUGUCCGCGACACCUGCCGUGCCAUUGGUUUCGUUUCUGAUGAUGUAGGCUUGGAUGCUGACAACUGCAAGGUCCUUGUCAACAUUGAACAGCAGAGCCCUGACAUCGCUCAGGGUGUCCACGGUCAUCUCACCAAGUGCCCCGAGGAAAUAGGCGCUGGUGACCAGGGACACAUGUUUGGCUAUGCCACCGAUGAGACCCCUGAAUUGAUGCCUCUCAGCCAUGUUCUUGCAACCAAGCUUGGUGCCCGCCUCACAGAGGUUCGCAAGAAUGGUACUUGCCCCUGGCUCAGACCAGAUGGUAAAACCCAAGUGACUGUUGAGUACUACAAUGAGAAUGGUGCCAUGGUUCCUGUCCGAGUUCACACUGUCUUGAUUUCCACUCAGCAUGACGAGACCGUCACCAACGAUGAGAUUGCUGCUGAUCUGAAGGAGCAUGUCAUUAAGCCUGUGAUUCCCAAGAAGUACCUCGAUGAGAAAACAGUUUUCCACCUCAAUCCUUCUGGCCGCUUUGUCAUUGGUGGUCCUCAUGGCGACGCUGGUCUUACCGGCCGCAAGAUCAUUAUUGAUACUUACGGUGGAUGGGGUGCUCACGGUGGUGGUGCCUUUUCCGGAAAGGACCCAACCAAGGUGGACCGGAGUGGUGCCUACAUUGUCAGGCAAGCUGCCAAGAGCAUUGUUGGCAAUGGACUUGCGAGGAGGUGCAUUGUGCAGGUUUCAUACGCCAUUGGUGUCCCCGAGCCCUUGUCUGUCUUUGUGGACACUUAUGGCACAGGAAGGAUCCCCGACAAAGAAAUUCUCAAGAUCGUGAAGGAUAACUUUGAUUUCAGGCCUGGUAUGAUUGCCAUUAAUUUGGAUCUUAAGAGAGGUGGGAAUAACAGGUUCUUGAAGACUGCUGCUUACGGGCAUUUUGGCCGAGAUGACCCCGACUUCACAUGGGAGGUGGUUAAGCCUCUCAAAUGGGAGAAUUGGUCUAGCCUAAUCCAGAUUAAUGCUGCCACGGGAUGAAGUUGGGCCUGCUCUUUAUCUAUCUAUAUUUUUGCUUCUUUUUUUUUUUUUUUGUUUUUCUUAUCUGUACAUUUGUUCUACCAGUAACUCUUUUUGUUUUUUUUUUUUUUAAUAAUCCCUGGUAUUUGUUCUACAAAGUGGUCUCAGGUGCAUUUGCAAGUCUUACCCCAAAUCUCAUGUUUGGGGUCUGGAAGUAAUAUUUUUCCAUUCAUUGGUAUUCUA